CGUUGCGUGACCCGGAUAGAGAGAGAAUAAAAGAGGGGAAAGACUAUAAACGGGUUUCUGACUUCUGGAACCCUCUUUUUUGUUCGAAAAACCCUAGCAAUGGCUGACCGACUGGUCGCCGAGCCAUCACCAACGGACUCUAACCAACACCUUAACAAUUUCGCAACGGAUUUGGAUUCGCUCCCAAUUCCUCCUCUCGAUUCUAUAUUCUUCUCUGAGGAGGUCAACAACAGUACCAACAGUAUGCGCUCCGAAACAUUUGUGUCGGAUCUUGGCAUGGUGUUAGGGUUCGACGAGAACGUUGAUUUCGACUUCAAUUUUGACUAUCUCGGAGAUCUCUACCUUCCCUUCGAAACUGAAGACUUUCUCACCUCCGAUGGGCACCACGAGCUUCAACUGCCCUGUUCGGCCCCGGAUCAACCUUUUCAGCUCUUAAAUUCUUUGUCUGAGGAAUCGAGUGCUUCCGGAGUCUCCUGCGAUCGGGGCGCGGACGUUGGUGAAUUUCUUAAUUUCCCAGCUUCCGAGUCUGAUAGCUACGGCCGCGAGUAUUGUCCACCGGUUUCUUCUGAUAAUUCCGGCAACGGGGACCCGAUUGUGGCUGGAGCUUUGAAUUCUCCGUCACCGGAAUCUGGCCGUUGCGACCGCGAGUUCUCGGGCGGGGGCGGGUCUGUGUCAUCGCAGGGUUCAGGGUACCGUCCUCCUUCACCGGAUUCGUCAAAUGUUAUAGUCGUCGAUCAGAAGAUUAAGGUGGAGGAGGGGAUGGGGUCCAAAAAUUGCGUGUCGAAGAGGAAGAAAGAGCAGGGGGAAGGGACCUCUACGGAUUCGAGGACCACUAAGUACAGGAGGUCGUCAGAGAAUGCGAAUUUCAAUGCCCCGGCAGACGAAGAGGAAGAGAAGAAGAAGGCGAGGCUGAUGAGGAACCGCGAGAGUGCUCAGUUGUCUAGGCAGAGGAAAAAACACUACGUGGAGGAGCUGGAAGAUAAACUGAGGACCAUGCAUUCCACUAUUGCCGAAUUGAACACUAAGAUAUCUUAUAUUAUGGCCGAGAAUGCCAGUUUACGUCAGCAACUGAGCGGUGGCGCCGCUGGUGGCAUGUGUGCACCGCAUCCGGGAAUGUUCCCCCAUCCUGCGAUGGCGCCCGUGGGUUAUCCGUGGGUGCCAUGUCCGCCGUAUGUGGUGAAACCGCAAGGGUCUCAGGUACCUUUGGUACCGAUACCGAGAUUGAAACCUCAGCAGCCUGUAUCAGCGCCAAAGGCGAAGAAGUCGGAGACUAAGAAGAGUGAGGGGAAAACUAAGAAGGUUGCGAGUGUUAGUUUUCUGGGUUUAUUGUUUUUCUUCUUGCUUUUUGGUGGGUUAGUUCCUUUUGUGAAUGUUAGAUAUGGAGGAGUAGGGGACAAAGUUCCUGGAGGAUUGGGUUAUGUCAGUGAUAAGUUCUACGGUCAGCACCUUGGUAGGGUUUUGAACGUUGAUAGAAAUUGUAAUGGAUCUGGAGAAGGUGUGAGAGUUGGAUUUUCUAGUGGUGAAUAUGAUACUUCUCACAGGGUAAAUUAUGAGAGAGGUCGCGUUAGAGCGAAAGAGUCGGAUUUUGAACGGAAAAGACAAGCAACACAGCCUUUACUGGGUUCAGAUGAAUUUGUUAAUCUAGGAAAUGCUAGCGAGCCUCUUGUUGCUUCUUUGUAUGUGCCAAGGAAUGAUAAGCUUGUGAAGAUUGAUGGUAACUUGAUUAUUCAUUCUGUCCUGGCCAGUGAGAAAGCUAUGGCAUCUCAAGUUACUCCUGUAAAGGAGGUUAAUAGAGAAACUGGCUUGGCAAUUCCUGGAGAUUUAGCUCCAGCACUGGCAAUUCCUGAAGUUGGAGGCAAUAGAGUGAGACAUUCUCACGUGUUUAGAAAUCCUACUGGAGGACAGAAGGCUCUUGCCUCUGGUUCUACCGAUACUUUGAAAGACCAUUUGAAGUCGACUGCGGUAGAUGGUAAACUACACCAAUGGUUCCGCGAAGGCCUUGCAGGGCCAAUGUUGAGUUCUGGCAUGUGCACUGAGGUGUUCCAGUUUGAUGUCUCUCCAGCUUCUGCUUCUGGAGCUAUAGUUCCAGCAUCCUCAUUUUCCAAUGUUCCUGCAGAACAUCAACAGAAUGCCACUCGUCUUAACAAGGGGGGGAGGAAUAGAAGGAUCCUCAAUGGUCUUCCAGCUUCACUGGCUGGAUCCAAUUAUAACAUCACUGAAGAGCACAUUAGAAAAACAUCGCAGAAGAAAGGCUUUCAAGGUAAUAAAUCUUCUUCACCAAUGAUUGUUUCUGUGCUUGUAGAUCCCAGGGAGGCUGGAGACAUUGAAGUUGAUGGCAUGAUCAAACCAAAGUCCCUUUCUCGAAUUUUUGUUGUUGUGCUUUUGGACAGCGUGAAGUAUGUGACUUAUUCAUGUGGGCUUCCACGAUCUGGUCCUCAUCUAGUGAUGACUUGAAGGUGGAUUUUAGUUUUUGGAGAUAUGGAACACUAAUCCGUUUUUGUAUAUAACAGAAUAAUUAGCAGCAUCUAUAGCAUUUUUAACCACUGCAUGUAGUCGGAACUUCCAAUACUUUCCUAACUUAAGGGUGUUAAGUUAUACUGUAAUGUUCUUCAGUUGAGAUGCAAUACCUUAAAAAGCUA